AUGCUUCUCGGCAAAGCACUUCUGGCCCUUGCCUGGGCUACGACAGCUGUCCAUGCAGCUCCGUCUGACGGGUAUGCGAACGAGAAUGGACUAGGCGGGUAUGAGAACAUGGAUGGUGGAGAAUGCCCGGCCAAUGAUGACGGGAGCGGACUCCAAAGAUUCGCAAUGGUAACGGAGCAUAUGUCGCCCGGGGACCAGCUUGCUCGCUCAUCGUGUCCCUGCUAUCAGGGUGAGGAUUCGGACCAAAAUAUCACACCUGAAACUAUUGCGGCGUUCAAGAAAUACAACAUCACCCAUAUUAUCAGCGCCAAUUCCAGAGCGAAUGACGAGACAAUCAAGAAGGCACUCAAGGAUGCUGGAAUUGCCUACACUCCUCUGCCUGUUGAAGACUUUCACGCCGCAACCCAGGAUGAUUUCCGACAGGGUUGGGAAGCCUUUACUCAGCACCGCGGCAGAGGUCGUACGCUUGUUUGGUGUGGCUAUGGACAUGGCCGGACAGGCACGAUGAUUACUGCUCUGCAAAUGUACGCGCAGCACGAGAGGGGCCAGCUCGCUACGUGGACGCAGGAAGACUACGCGCGGAAUCACGUCGAGGACCCUACGCAGGAAGAGGCACUCGACGCACUCCAGCAGCGCCUUAGAGCAGAACCUCUGCCAGAACCCACAGCCGAGCAAAGGUCCGCCUUGCUAGCGGGCAACUUUGAUGGGAUCAACUGUAUCGCCGUUCUCACUGCCUUGAUGGAGGCACUGUAUAUUAGCAAAAAGCCGAAGCUCAGAGCUCGUGCGGAUCUGGGCAGUCGACAAGCAACACCCGCACCCUCACCGACCAAGUUUGAUUGUGAGCGGGCCCAGCACAUUCUGCAGACGGAAAACGUGCCAGUGACCUGUGAAAGGAUCAAGAAUAUCCAGCUUGGUGUCGCCUUCUCCAACGAUCUUUGGUCUGGAAGCUGGGAUGACAUUGGCGCUACUCUCGAAGGCCCGGCUGGAAAAGCAAUUCUGCACGUCGCAACACAGCCUGAGCGGGGAUCCCAUACCUGGGCAAAGGUCGAUAUGCAAGCAUCAUUCAAGAAGGACGAGAUCGAGAUCACUGGUCUCGAUACAAUCACUCUAAAUGCCGCGGGAAUUUUCAACCCGCCGUGGCGACUUGGUGGCAAUGGUCAAAAUGACCAGUGGCAGGUUCAAGAUAUCCAGAUCCGCGCAGAUUGUGCCGAUCCCGGCUUCGAGGCCCAUGACAACAAACUGGUUGGUCUGAAUGCGUGGUAUGGACAUCCCGGCGGCUGGUUCACGCAGAAGCUCGCAACCAAAACCGUUGCCACAUUCCGUGUCGUCCCCGGUGACUGGGGCUUCUCACCUCCUUGUGCCAUGAUCAAAGAGCUAGCUUAUGCUUUUGACCUGUCCGACAAAUUUUAUGGCGGUACCAAUGAUGCCCUAUCAUUCACCAUCGGCGAAGGCAAGGAAAUCCCUCUCGGAGCGAGUGUGAGUAGGGGCUUCCACACGGAUGGCAAAAUCAACCUGAAGGAAAUCUUUGGCAAGGAUGAGGUUGAUAUUCGUGAUCUCAAAGAGCUCAAGAUAUUUGACAACUAUAGCGGCGGAAAUGGAGACCAGUGGGCGUACCAAGGUAUGACUUUUACUGCAACCUGCGCCAAAGUAUCCAAGAAGAUGGCAAUGAAGAAAUAUCAGUCGGUCAAUGCAUGGGUUGAGCACAAAGCCGACACUCAGGCAGCCUGGACUGGCCCUAUCAUCUCUUCUGACUGGCUUGAGGUAGCGUAA